AGCUCAACAGGUUGAGUGGGUUGUCCAGUAAUCAGAAGGUUGCAGGUUCGAUCCCGGCUCCGGACAGAGAAUUCAGCUGUUGUGUCCUUGGGCAAGACACUUAACCCACCUUGCCUGCUGGCGGUGGUCGGAGGGUCCGGUGGCGCCUGUGCUCGGCAGCCUCGCCUCUGUCAGCGCGCCCCAGGGCAGCUGUGGCUACAUCGUAGCUCAUCACCAUCAGUGUGUGAAUGUGUGUGUGAAUGGAUGAAUGAUGCACUGGAGUGUAAAGCGCUUUGGAGUCCUUACUCUGGAAGACGCUAUACAAGUGCAGGUAAUUUAUCAUUUAUCAUUUAGAAAUGAGCCACAUCACAGCUGACAUUCAGACGGCAGGAUUUCCUGAUAUUUGGACAUCUCGCGUCUUGAUUGGAUAACAAUAACGCAACUCUAACCGACUCUGGAUUGUGGAAAGAAAAAAGCCAUCUUUAUAAAGAGGGUGUAAACUUUUCAUCACGUAGCCCUGAAACUGAUCUUCUGAGAGUUUAACAACAACCUUUCCUCUUCUUGUCACAGCAGGAGAUUUUCUUAAGUGGCAAAGCUCUAACAAGCCAGCUCGGCUUCCUUCAGAACUAACUGAUGAAAUGACAGAUAUUCUUUUUGAAGAGCUCAAACAAAGCUUGAGCUGAGAAUAAUUAAGAGACUCGGCGAUGGUGAGGCGCCACACAGAACCUCCAGAUUUAUGACACUUUACUUAUCAUUGACCACAUCAGUGUCCCAAUUCUGUUGCAGCAGACUAAAGCUCUCCUUUUGGGGUUUUAGAGGGGCUAUCAGCACCUGGUUUCCGUCUUGUGUCUGUGUGUGCAGCGAGCGAUGGGGUUAUCUGGGCCAGCAGUGUAAAGUCAGACCAGGACUGGGCUGGGUGCUCCCGACAGUCUGGUUUCUCCCAAACAGAUAACUUUGUUCUGGGCCAGGAGAGAUGACAUCAUGGCGGAUAGCGAUGAAGAUGUGGGCACAAAGUGCAGGAAGUCUUAUCUCCUAUGAGGGCACUGGCAGAGAGGGCGUGUGUGUGUGUGGGUCGCACAGAUUCUUAAGUUCGCUUGAAUGGCAGUUACACACACAGGAACACACACCACAGCGUUGUGCGUACGGUUCCCGUAGCUCCGAGGUGGAAGUCACAUAAACUGGACAGACCGUGUGUGAGCAUCACUUCUAUCCUCUGCAGAAAUUUUAGUUUUCCUUUUUUUUGGAAUUACCCUCUCGGAUCAACAAGGAGUCCAGGUUGCACUUUAGGUUUGUACUGCAUACAAUGUAUUUAAAAGGCAUAUUUUGAAAGUACAUUUGAAUGCAAAAUACAGCAUUAAGUUAAAUUACAGAGAAGCAGCUGAGCAGGAGGCAAAAAGAAACCUAUUGUCAAAAUAAAAGCAUAUUUUUAUGGGAAAUAUUCAAUUUGAUCUUUAAGCUUACUUUCUAACAUUUUUUUUAAUUCAGGUCUUUGUAUAUUUAAAGAUUAUAUAGAUUGCUUUGCAUUAAGAACAAGUACAGAGGGGUGUCCUGAAAUGAAGCAUAUAUAACAUUUUAAAAAUUCAAAAUAUUAAUUAAAAUGUGUCAAAAUUAACACAAAAGCAUCCUACUUUAAUGUAUUUUUUUUAUUAUUGCACUUACUUUUCCCAGGAAACUUUAAUUGUGAGGUAAAUAAAGAAAAACAUAAAAAUAAUAAUAAUAGUAAUAAACUACAAUACAAUGAAUUUAUGCCACUACUUUUCAUAGUAUUUUCAUGUGUAUGGAUGUACUUUCAGAAAUCUAAAUAGCUUUUUAUGAAAUAAUGCAUCAUAAUAUUAGUUAUUGUUUAACUAUAUUCAUGUGGAGACUACAUUUUUGGACCAUUUUUCAUAGUUAAGCUCAAAAACAUGCAAUUUGUUUCGCUUUUCCCCCCCAAAAAUUUAUAUCUCAAAGUUUUCUAUUUAAAGUUUUAUAGUUUGUGAAUAAUAUCACAUGUGACACUUGUGUUGGAGUCGUGUGUAUUACACAGAUCAUGACAGGAAGUCUUAAACGAGACAACCAAGGCAACCAUGCCUCCUAUUGAGUUGUCUCCUUUUUGGCACAAGUUUUAAGUCAUCAAGCCGCAAGAGUAAUCCUGAUUAGACUUGAGUAAAUCCUGGUCGAGUCGUUUAAUAUUGACAGCAGAUCAGUUUUUUUAAGUGAUGCUCACUGAUCACCACCUGCUGUGAUCCCAGGCUUUAAUCUGACAGCAGAGGCUGUUUGUACACAGACACAUCUUGCAAUAGUUACUAAUAACGCAGGCUGAACUUAGGGCCGUGGCAUGAAUUAUUUAGUAUUUUUUCCAUGUUUGCUUUAGAUUUAGUUAUGGCAUGAUCUCACUUACCCUUUAGUGCAUUUUACAGAUUUUCUUAAAUAUAUAUUGUAAAUUUUCUUAUUGCACUCUUUAAUCUAAAAGCACCAUGUUUUAAUGAGCGCUUACAUCAGAUUAACAUAAACAAUUGUUCACUUUUAAAUUUUUAGUGAUCUUUUCUGACAAAAAGAAACCUAUACAGUGAUCCCUCGUUUAUCGCGGUAGAUGUGUUCCAGACUUGGCCGCGAUAGGUGAAAAUCCGCGAAGUAGGGACACCAAAUUUACAGUAUUUAUUUAACAGGUACGUAUUCAGUAUUCAGACUUUUAAAACCCUCCCUUUACAUAGUACUGUAUUUUUACUUGUUUUUUUAUGGUUUUAUUACAAAAAGUGCAUUUUAUGAUGAAAUUGAUGAAAAAAAACAGGAAUUUCUUGAUAUUUCUUAUAGAAAAAUACCACGAAUCGGUGAAAAAUGCCGCAAAUCGGCGAAUUUCCCUUGAAUAAGGCUCCAAAGAAAAAUCCGCGAAGUCGUGAAUCCGCGAUAAAUGAACCGCGAAGUAGCGAGGGAUCACUGUAGUAAGUUUUUAAAAUCAAAAGUGGCUCAAAACUGCAGUGAGGCAUCUUCUGUUCCCACGUACUCUGCUGUGCAGGAUGUGUCGCCUCCUGAACGUCUCUUUGGCUUUGCUGAGCCGCUUCCUGUUUGCGGUCCACGGGGUCGUAACGGUCUGGAGAGUUGUGGCCGUUAAAGGGGAGCCGUUGUAUUGGCUGCUGCUGACGGGCGUGGCUCUGCUGGGCGUGGAAAUGGCUGUCACUCUCAAAUGCACCCGCAACGCGGAAUGGAAAUGGUUCUCCCCCAUGGUUUUCCUCUACCUCAGCACUGUGGUCCCAUCCAUUUGGUUCCUGGAGCUGAGCCUGUUACAGGCCAAGCUUCCCCUCAAUAAUUCCUCCAGCCAUGAGCUUCGUUUGCUGGCUCACAUCCCCAUCUCAGUGGGCGUUGCUGAGCUGGACCCGGAGAACUGGGUCGCUGGUCUGGAACAGACCAUGCUCAUCGUCUUGGUUCUGGGACGCUGGCUGAUGCCCAAAGGGGACAUGUCCCGCGAUCAGCUCUCCCAGCUCCUCAUGGUGUAUGUUGGCCUUGGCGCCGACAUCCUAGACAUUUUUGACACUUUCAAGGAACCUGAAGUGAAAAACAACAAGGUGGUUGUCCUCACCGGUCUGGCUCUCUUCACUUGGGCACUCAUGCAGUUCCCUCUGGUUCUCACCCAGACUCAACCCCUAAAGUACGGGUCUUCUUGCAGAAGCAGGGGGAGUCUCCAGUGCUGCCAUGGUCCUCCAUCUUCUCUUCUCUCUUGCUGCUCUAGUGAAGUGUGGAGCUUGCUGCUAACAGUCGGACUCCAAGAUGGCCCUUUUCUGGUGUACCGCCUUUACCUCAUGAUUCAAGAGCGGGUACUCAAUCAGCUCAUGAUUUUCUUCACCUGCAAGAACAUCCUGGUUGUCCUUUUGGAGCUGUACAGGAUCUUUGUGGUGCAGUGUGAGCAGCAGGUACGAGAGUCAGCGCUGGAGACAUGCGAUGCUUGGCUGCUCUGCUGUCAAAGCCAGAGGAGCAGCGAGGACGAGGAAUUGGAGACUGAAGAGGGACACGGAGCUGUAACACAAACACAGAUGUCAGCCGAUGGAGGGAAAGAUCACAGAGCUGUCGAGGAAAAGGAAGGCUGUAAAUGUCGUGAGGCAUGACUUUGACCUCUGGGGGGUGGGGGGCUUCUCGGCUGAACCUACCUCUCUCGUCUCAGCUCCCUUGAGGGUUGGUGACAAGAACUGAAACAAAAUUGAAGAAAAUAUCCAUGGUAAAAAGAUCAAAUGUGGAUUUCUGCAGCUACAAGAGGAGGUUUCUCCUAAAAACGAUCACCUUAACACCAGUUGUCAGUUUCUCCAGUGAAGAAAACGGGAUAAAAAGACACUUUAAAUCUACAAACUGCAGAUUUUGUUUUUAAACACAUUUUUCUAAAUGCGACAAGAUGAGUUGAAGAGAAAAAUCAAGAUCUUGUUAAUGGCAUUUACUAUCAAACAAUACUAUAGAGUGGAAACAGUUGAUGUGUCCUUUUCUUAGUUAAUAGAAAAUUUCCAAUUGAAGAUGUUUAGAAAAGUCAAAAAAGGGCACAGUGCUGUUUCUUUGCUCACCAUGAGAUGGCAGUGUUGCCAAAUCAAC